AUGACUGACGCGGUGCCCCGCUAUGGCUCGGACCCCGAGGCUACCGCCGUCGCACGUCGCAAGAAGCGUCGGGCAAGUCAUCAUCGCCAAAACACCAUCCGUGCCUGUGACACCUGCAAGGAGAAGAAGACGCGAUGCAGUGGCACUCUACCCUGCGUGCGAUGCUGUCGCCUGGGGAUCCAGUGUGAGUACCUCAGCUCGUAUUCUCGAGGUCUUGCUCCACCCCUACCCCCGCCCCUGAGUGCUCCAGACAGUCUCCCAGCCGUCUACGCGCACUCUCGAGCGACCUCUCCGCAGCAGGACCCCACCAGCUCUUGUAAUUCGAUCAACGGUCUCCUAUCCUGUCCCGACGUGCAAGGUACUGAGCCUGGACCAGUAUCAGGCCUUGCCUUUUUUGCCCGCGUUUGCCAGUAUCUGAAAUCUCAACAACCAUCAUCCAGCCUGGCUUCAGUAUCCUCUCUGGGAGAGCCUAAUCCGGAAGCCCCCGAUGCCUCUUCAGUGUUCCGGUACGGGGACAAGCCGUACAAAAAGUACGAUAUAUCGGACAUCGAGCUUCCAUCUCUCGAGCAAGCGAUGCACUUAGUUGCUGUUUACUUUGACUCCGCUGUGGUAACAUACCGAUUCCUCCACCGCGGCCUGGUGGAGCAGUGGGUCCGUCAGCUGUUUGAGUAUGGGGUAUCCCCAUCGAAACUGCCCCCCGGGCCCGUCGUCGUGAGGGCGAGCAUUGUCUUCGGGAUCUUUGCGAUUGGCGCGCUUGAACGAUGGCUCAUCAUGGCCAAGCAUUUGGCGUUCUUGGAAGCUGGUCCACCUCGACUCGAAAGCAUUCAGGCUCGAUUGAAUAUCUGCUUGUACCUCCUGGCAUCGUCCCGGGCUUCGGAGUGUUGGUUUUCCUUCGGGCUCAUCGUGCAAUUGAUCCUCGCACUGGGCCUGCACCGCGCGGCUCCCGUUCCGCCAGAUAGGGAUCAUGGGGCCGCGUACCUCGAGCAACAGCUGCGUAAACGAGUCUGUUGGAGUGCAUACACGUUGGACCGCUAUAUCAGUGUGAUCUUUGGCCGCCCGCAGCUAUUCCACGAGGAGGACAUGGACCAGGACCUCCCGGACGAGGUAAGUGAUGGGGAUCUUCUCCUAGACGACCCGCUCUUGCGAAGUGGGCGGCCUGAUGCUGUUAUGAUCACAUCUGUCCUACACUACAGACUCGCUCGAAUUGUGGGGUCUAUCUCUCGACAGCUUUACACGUCAAUAUCACCCUCUCAAGAAACUCCACUUGAGCGGGCCGUGCUAUUGAUGCUAGAGCUUGAAAGAUGGAAGGAGAGCGUCCCCAGCUUCCAGGACAAGGGGCGGUCUGAAAUAAUACAGCUGGCGUACUCUCACGCGAUCAUCCACGCCACUCGCUCUCUCCUCUUCAUUGACUCUAACGACAUGUCUGGCGCCCCGGUACCCUCUGCUACGGUGGUGUCAUACAUUCAAAAAUGCAUUGGCGCAGCGGAGGAGAUCAUGACCAUCGUGGACGAACUCUCCAACCAGGGCCGAUUAAUCCAGGGAUUCUGGUUCACGCACUACACGUGUUUUUGUGCGAUCACUGUGGUCUACAUCUACAUCAUCCGGCAGCACCAGUCCUCCUCGCUCAUCGGCACGUCCAGCCAGUGCAUCGACGAUUCCGCUCGACUCCGCUACCUGUUCAGCCUUGCUGAGACUUGUCAGCAGCAUCUCGGCCGCGUCACCGCCCACAGCAGUCCAAGCCGCCGCUACGGACUCAUCCUGGAAGAGCUACGGCUGGAGGUACAUCGCCAGAUCCUGUCCCAUCUUCGGCCUACGCGGCAGAGUACCUCCCCUGGCGGUCCUCAGGACCGUCGGGCUGACAGUGUAUCCAACGAACCCGCCGCGUCUAGAAGAGGGGUCGCGAGUCUCACGAGCUCGUCGCAGCCUUCGCCGCCCACCUUGGGGUUUGACGCGCACGGGUCGAUGGGUUCCUUGGCUUUGCAGGCGGACCUGGGUGAUCCGACUGCCAUUCCAAUUUCCGAUCCCAUGAGUCUGGGGGACAGCGCGGAUGGUGCGGCCUGGUGGGCGCAGCUGGACGCCUGGGUAAGCUUAACCACGUUAGAGCUGUGUGAAUGGUACUGA